CGUGCACGCGACACACAAUGGCGUCCAUGACCAUCGCCGCUCCCGUCGCCCUCGCGGGCGCCAAGUCUCUCAAGGCGACCUCCCGCCGCGCCGGCUCCGCUCGCGCGGUCCGGGGUGCGGCCACCGCCAAGGCUGCGGCCCCGCGCCGCGCGGCGCGCGGCGUCCUUCAGACGCGCGCGGCGAUCACGAUGGACAUGCCGUCCGCGGGGUCGGGUGAAAUGACGUACAACGAGACCGGCAAGUGGCGCGAGAACUUCGAUCUCUCCUCGUGGGCCGCCGAGGUGCGCGAGGUUGAGAAGGAGCUCAAGGCGGAGAUCGGGGAAGAUGACGUCGACCACCUCAACAAGAUCUUGACGUGGGCCAACUGCUUCUACUACGGCGGCCUCGCCGUGCUCUUCGCGACGCCGAUGCUGUUCGGCAACGUCUUCGCCGCGGUCGGCGGCGUGAACCCGAUCGCGGCGUUCAUGAUGUCUACCGCGAUCUGCGCGCGAUGGACGAUGGUAGGGCAUCACGUCUGCCACGGCGGGUACAACACCGCGCAGAGCGAGGGCGGGGUCGUGACCGGCCGCUUCCACCGUCGCACGUUCGCGAAGGGGAUCGCGCGCAGGAUCUCGGACUGGAUGGACUGGAUGAUGCCCGAGGCGUGGGACGUGGAGCACAACCACCUCCACCACUACCAGCUCGGCGAAAAAGCCGACCCCGAUCUCGUCGAGCGCAACAUGAAACCGCUGCGCUCGGGCAACCUCCCGAUGAUCGCGCGCUACGGCCAAGUCGUCGGCCUCGCGCUCAUUUGGAAGUGGUUCUACUACGCCCCCAACACGAUGAAAGAGAUGUACCAACGCAAGGAACGCGAGGCGCAGAAGGCUGGCGAGGAUUUCGUGAACCCGUUCAAGACGGGCGAGCUCCCGAGCACGGUCGCCACGGUCAUCAGCGGCGUCGUCAAGCCCGGCGGCAUGGCGGCGCUCGUCGAGACGGCGAAGUGCUUCGCGCCGUACGCGUUGUUUCAGUUCGCCGCGUUGCCCGCGUUGGGCUACGCCGUCGGCGGCGCGCAGCUCGCGACCGGCGUCCUCCUGACGUCCAUCCUCGCGGACGUGAUCACCAACGUGCACUCGUUCAUCAUCAUCGCGACGAACCACGUCGGGGACGACAUCUACCGGUUCGAGACGGAGACGAAGCCGCGGUCGGAUGACUUUUACCUCCGCGCCGUUAUCGGCUCGGCCAACUUCCGCACCGGCGGCGACCUGAACGACUUCUUCCACGGGUGGUUGAACUACCAGAUUGAGCACCACAUGUUCCCGGACAUCUCCAUGAAGUCUUACCAGAAGGCGCAGCCGAAGAUCAAGGCGAUCUGCGAGAAGCACGGCGUCCCGUACGUGCAGGAGUCCGUCUGGAAGCGCGUCGUGCAGCUCGCGGACGUCAUGGUCGGCAAGCGGAGCAUGCUCGUGUGGGAGCGCGGGGAUUAAACGUCUCCGUGUUGAGCGUUUCUUUUGGGGGGAUCGAUGUGGGUGUGGGACACGAAUAAGGCUGAUGACCUCGAGGCGGGGCGGGCGGUAUUUAUCCAACCAAAACCAAACGUACGACAGAGGGCGAAUGAGCGAACGGACGAAAGAUAUUUUUGCGGCGGCUCUCGCGCGCGUGUAUUAACGCGGCGCGGGGCGCGCACGGAUGGGACGGACGGCCGCGGCAGGGACCGCGGCCCGGAUUUUUUGUACUUGAAGCGCGGCGCGACGCGACGCGUUUCAGUGCAGUUGUAGUGUUAUAGGCAGCAGUGUUUCCUUCUUUUGAGUGAGAUCGUGAGACCAUAAACUUUC